AUGGCAAGCCGCAUUGAAAAGACUAUUGCUCGGCUAAAGCAGAGAAUUGAAGAAGGCCAACAUUACGAAGCCCACCAACAACUCCGCGUCGUCUCCGCACGGUACAUCAAAUCCUCAAACCCACAGUCAGCUAUCGAUAUCCUCUUUUCGGGCGCACAGUCGCUUCUUCAAGCUUCACAGUAUGCUUCAGGUGGAGAUUUAACCCUCACAUUACUGGAAGUCUACACCAACUCUUCCAUCCCGUGCGAUUCUGCCUCCAAAGGUCGUCUUUACACCCUCUUAUCCCUCAUCCCGGAAACCGAGCCUACGAGAAAGAAAAUCAUAAACUCCGCGGUUAUCUGGAGUUCCAAGAAUUCGGAAUACGAAAGUGGUGAUCCGGAGUUACAUCACUUCGCUGGAUCAAUAUAUGCGAAAGAACAUGAGCCUUAUGAUGCCGAGAAGCAUUUGUUGUUAGGUACCAAAGACAGUUGUACCGUUCUUACAAAUCUUUUGUAUACAUGGUACCUUCAAGACGAACCUUCUACGGCGCCGCUAUACAUUUCGAGAGCAGUUUUAUGCUACCUGUUGAUCGGGAAUGUGAGGGAGGCAGUUGCAGCGCUGGAUUUGUUCACCAGUCGAUUGUUGGAGGAUAAUAAGGGAGGGAAAUUGGCAGUUCAGAGCGUGGAGACUAAUGCGCUUGAUGCGAGGAUUUUUCCGGCUUUGCCAUUAAUGAACUAUUUGAGACUGUUGGUGUUGACAGUAACGAGGGGUAAAGGUGGGGCGGAUGUUUUUAGAGGGUUGAGGCAACAGUAUCAGAACCUUCUAGCGGAAGUUGGAGGGUGGGAUGAGGCGCUCGAACAAAUCGGAGAGAUGUACUUUGGAAUCCAAAUACCUAGACAGAGGAACUUUAUGGCGGAUAUGAUGGGUUCUUUGUUCGGCGGUCCUUCCCCUGCUGGAAGUGGAGCAAGUAAACGGCCACAAGUUGGAGCGCCGAAGGCUCCACCCCCUGUUGAACUUGAUUGA